CCUGAAAUUAUGGGAAUUUUCUAUAUUCUUGUUCCCAGAGGUCAUCAUGUUGUGGCUGUGGCUGUGGCAGGUUCUUCUCCCAACCUGCAAACUUAGCCCUAAUCCUCCUUCCCCUUUCUCCUGCGCUUCCAAUUCCAACGUUUUACGGUUAGGGUCUCUGAAUAAUUGAAGAUAUUGAGGGGAUUGGUUUGUUUGCGUGCUGUGUUGAUAGUGAAUCAGGCAUUAAUGUGUUGGGAGCUAUGAGAUUGGCAGCGGUGGUAAAUGGUGAGAAAUAAAAUGCCAUCGAAUUACUUUUCAAGGCUCGGAGCUUCGAUUAAGAGAUCGGUGGUGGGGAAAGAGGCUGCUGAAGUUCUCAUAGCGCAAGGGAAGUUUUCUAGGUUUUUUCAUUCUUUGCAUAGCUCAUAUUGUGUUGAAUUAGGUGGCAAAAGAAGAACACUAUCGGUAGUUGACACGCUGUCCCGAACGUUUUCGGUCCCUUCGAUUCAGGUCUGUGGAUACCACAUUGGUGGUACCCUUGUUGGACCUGAUCAAUUAUCAACUGCUGCCAAGUUUCGGGUUAGGACAAUGGCUGCUCACUUGCCCAGAUUAGUGGUUGGUGAGUCCCAUUUAGAUAACCCGGUUUUCAAGUGUGACCGCCGUGCGCCGGCGGCCAGGAAUAGCAGUACUAUAUGUUUAAACACGGGUUUGAGGAAUGGUGGAAAAGUGAUCAUGAGUUUGAGAAACCAUCAGCAGCCAGACGGUGGUGUGAUUUGUGGAUAUUUUAUUUAUAAUGCUGCCAAGACUUGGUGCAAUUCUCAGCCUUGCAUGCAGUCCGGGUCUGGAGAUUUCCAUAGUUUGUCAACCUCGUGUUACUCUGCUGGGCCUGCUCAUGAUGUGCCAUUUGACACUUGUGCCCGUGAGGAACAGUUAAGAAGCUCUGCAGAUUCAUCUGAACUGAAAACUCCUUCACGAAAGACCCUUAAGUUAAUAUCAGGAUCAUGCUACUUGCCUCAUCCGGAUAAAGAAGAAACUGGUGGAGAAGAUGCUCAUUUUAUAUGUUCUGAGGAACAAGCAGUAGGGGUGGCAGAUGGGGUUGGUGGCUGGGCAGAUCUUGGUGUUGAUGCUGGAUAUUACUCUCGUGAGCUCAUGUCCAAAUCAGUGGAAGCUAUUCAGGAAGAACCCAAAGGUUCAAUUGAUCCAGCUAGGGUGCUGGAAAAAGCACAUUCAAGUACAAAAGCUAAGGGUUCCUCUACAGCAUGCAUCAUUGCACUUACUGAACAGGGCCUUAAUGCUAUCAAUUUGGGAGACAGUGGAUUUAUGGUGGUCCGGGAUGGGUGUACUGUAUUCCGGUCCCCAGUGCAGCAACAUGAUUUCAAUUUCACGUAUCAGCUGGAAUGUGGUAGUAAUGGUGAUUUACCUAGUUCUGGUCAGGUUUUUACCAUUCCCGUUGCACCCGGGGAUGUCAUAGUUGCUGGUACGGAUGGGCUGUUUGAUAACUUGUACAACAACGAGAUUACGGCAGUGGUGGUUCAUGCCAUGAGAGCCGGCUUAAGCCCUCAGGUGACAGCGCAGAAGAUAGCUGCAUUGGCUCGUCAACGGGCACUGGACAAAGAUAGGCAGACUCCUUUCUCAACUGCUGCUCAAGAUGCUGGUUUUCGUUACUAUGGUGGCAAGCUUGAUGAUACCACAGUUGUAGUUUCAUAUAUUACAGGCUCUGGAGAUGCUUAACUGUAUUUUGUCGUGCCCCUCUGUAUAUAAUCACUUUUUUUCUCGAUGGUAACUUGUUGUGAUUUUAAGUCAACAUUUUAUAGGUCACAUGAUAGCUCUAUUGAAUUUACAAUUUCCAACGUCCAUGUUAUGCUUGGUUUGUUUCGACAAUCGAGUAGUUACUACACUGAGAAUAGUUUGUCCAGUUAGAUUUAAAGGGAAAAAGAUAUUGUUUGAGGUUCAGGAGUGAAGUACCUUGUUUGUGGACUUUUGAUCGGUGGUCGUUAAUUCUUGCUGUCAUUGUGUGAUCAUAACAAAUAAUGGAUUAUUAUCUCAUGAUUCCCUAUCACGAAUUAGGGUUAAA